UUUUUGUCCAUAGAGUGCUACGCACAAACCACGCACGCCGCCGCCGCCGCCGCCGCUACACACUGCUUUGCGUACUCCGCGGCAACGAACCAGCCAGCCAGCCAGUCAUUCACUCGCAGUCGGUCGUCCAGCAGUAACGCAGCACCGCCGGUGAUACCGCCGUCCGUAACUCAUCGCACCGGUUUUUUAUUUAUUUAUUUUUUUUUUUUUUUUUGUACUAUUAAUUUUUUGUUUUUUUCACCAGUCGUUUUCGACAUACGUACGUGUCGACGAAUAAAUAUUAUAAUUAUCCGCAAAAUAACUACUGCGCAUACCUACGUACAAUAUUUAAACAGUGAGACGACGAUGUUGCGAUCGCAAUAAACGUUCUCCCAAAGUCUCUCCGAUAAUCCGACGAGACAAUAAUAUUAUUGUACUUCUCCGCCCGAGGAGGAUUUCCGCGGCACACGCGCAAAAACAACCGGUCUCUCGCGGCGGUCUUCCGCGUCCGCACACGUCGUCGCCGGAGCAGCGACCGGUAACACGCUCGCGCGCGCACACGCCGCGACCCGGACGUCGUCGUCACCUGCAGAGGACGAGCACGUAGUGCGGUUUUUAAGUGCGGCGGCGGUCUGCGAGUCGCCACAAGACUCGCACGUCGAGCGCGACCGUCCAGAGCGGCCUUGCAGAGGUUAUUCGCGCCGGUGAUUUCGGCAGGAGGCAAAGUACGAGACGAGAGCACGUUUUGCCGACAACAAAGAUGACUAUCAAAACAAUGACAGCAACAACAACAAAAACAGCAGCGGCAGCCGUGGCUACCGCGACCACCCCCCGGAGGAGACGGGCGAGCGGUCUCGCUAAAAUGACGGCGUUCUUGUUGGUAGCCGCCGUCGUCUUAGCCGAUGUGAUCAGAGUCUGUGAAUGCCGUAACUUACGCGAGGACGACUACCAGCUGCAACGAGUUCGUCGACAAGAUUAUGAUGCAAGAGAAUUUCUAGCCGACGGUCCCGGAAGUGAUGAAGAUGAGGAUUCGGAAAGUCAAGAAGCGUCACCCGACGGUGCUGGUAACACAUUGCCCGUCAUACAGACAUCGGGACUUGUGGUAGAAACUAUUGAAGGCACAACGGUGAAUCUCCCUUGCAAAGUUCUCAAUGGUUCUGUGGACGAUUAUGCAGUAAUGUGGAUCAAUGGCACCAAAAGUAUAAUGACGGACUCUUAUACUAUGACUACAGACCCGAGGGUCAAACCUGGACCACAGUCAGAGACAUCUGCAGGAUUCCAGGAACACACACUUAUCAUUGAGCAAGUAACGCGAAUGGAUUCUGGAUCCUACACGUGCAGGAUAGCAUCAACACCCCCCGUUGAGAUAACCCAUACCCUGCGUGUCACACAUCCGGCCAAAGUCCUGUCAGUGCAAUCUGUGGGAUCCCCUGGGUUUUUGAAUAAUGGAGCCGCAAAAAAAUUAACCGUGAAACAAGGCGAACCACUGCAACUGGUGUGCACCGUGGCAGGAUACCCGGAGCCUACGGUGCAAUGGACCAAAAAGGCUAAAUACCACCAACAAUCGCAACAACCGUCUAUACCGUCUCUGGAUCAUGAUCAAAAGAACCCGGAUUCUGCACCAUUGACUCCCUCAACCACGGUCGUUUCGAAGACGAAUGAGGUCCGUAUCGAUUCUGUCGUCGCGUAUCGCGAUGCAGGUUACUAUGAGUGUUCGGCGCACAACAGCAUCACCACAGGAUCCUCCGCAGCCUCUGUGUCAGGAGGACCCAAUGCGGCGGCUGCACAUAUGGGAAUAGAAGUGGAAAUCGAAUUCUCGCCCGAAAUUGUUGUGCCCCGGCUCGUUGUCAACACCGGUGAAGGUGACGUCGCUCAGAUGGCGUGUUCCGUGCACGCAUACCCCAAAGUUAAAGUCACGUGGGAAAAGGAAAUAUUGAACGCGAACGGACCACAGUCAUCGGCACCCGUGGUUGCCGAAGGCCCCAACAGCCGGUACGAUAUUUCCAGGCAAUCGAUCUCCAGCAGCUCUUUCCAGGCCUUGGUAAACACAUCCGCGAUACCGGUCGGACCAACUUUCGUACUGAAAGUUAAACAAGUGCAAGGACCGCAAGACUUUGGUCGGUACCGGUGUCGGGCUGAAAACCGUGUUGGUGUCGCUUAUUCAGAUUACAUAACGUUGACCGGUUCACCGGCCAAGCCUCAAUCGUCGUACGUGCACGUCAAAGACAAGGCACCCGAACUGGCAUGGACCGUGGACAGUUCGUCGCCGCUACUCAAAUACCAGUUGCAGUACAGGCGACAACAGGAUUCAGCUGAUUCUUGGGUGGAUGUCAAGCCGCAGCCUCAGGUGCAGGUCGCCUCGUCUACUGGCGGCAACUCGGGCGACGAGCGUCGUUACACCAUGUCCUAUUUAUUCGGCGGCGAUAGCCAACCACAACAACAGCCGGCCGGAGAAUCCAUGAUCACGCCGAUUAUCCUGCGACGAGGCACCACGUACGUGGCCCGUCUCAGGGCUGAAAACGUUCACGGCUGGUCUGACUGGUCGUCGGAUAUCGUGUUUACCGGUGGAUUAAACGACGAUCAAGAUGCCAACGAGAUUACUCAGUACGAUGGACAUCAACAUAACGACAAUAUUUCGAAAGCUUCCGUCGCAGGCACAAGCGACGCAUCGGGUCUGCAGCAGUACUCUGCCUUGGUCACCUCCAUCGUGUUGGCCAUCGCCACUGUGGCCGUCACCGCGGCUUCUGUCAGCUGUUAGACCGUCGCCGGUCCAGCAGUCUGCAGGGAACGCCGUCGCCGUCGUCGCCGAACGUGUACCUCCAUCGUCACAACGUCAACAACGGCUGCGAAAAUCACCAAGGAAAAAAAUUUAUAUUUAUUAUUAUAUAUUAUUAAAUUUAUUACUAAACACAACAACGACACCAUAAUAUUAUAGGCGCACCGACCCGCUACCGACGUGCGCCUAAUACUCUCUUUCUCUCACACUAUCUCUCUCUCUCUCUCUCUUCAAAAAUAUUUGCGGUCACCGGACAACGGGAGGGGGGCGUAAGUAAAUUCAAAACAAUUAUACAUACUUAAUGAAACCAAAGACAGACACGAUGACGCCUCUACUAUAUUGCAGUAAUGAUAACCACCAUAUAUAUAUAUUAUAUUAUAACAUUAAAUUGUUGUCGUUAUAAUAAUUAUUAUUAUCGCCGCUUAUUAUUAUUUUUACAUUUCAUUAUUACUAUAAAACGCGAUGGAUGCACGACUGUUUUACGCGCCUCGACUUAUACGAUGUAAUACAAUAUAUAUAUAUAUUAUAUACCGCUAUAUAAUCAUAGACAUAGGUAGAUUAUUUAUAAUUGAUUAGGUUUAUUUAAACAUAUAAUUUAACGCGUAUUAUUACUACGACGUCGUGCGCUUAAAAAUGACUUAGCCGCCGCCGUCCCGCGUACUCGUCGUACCGCCGCCGUGAUCAAUGCCGCCGUCGGAGCUUUUUGAUUUUUAUUUCGAUCGCCCGUCGUCUGUAAUUUACUUUUUUACGCGCGAGCAUCGUCCACUCGCAAUUUCGAUGUCAUCAUUAUUUUUUAUUAUUAUUUUUACUGUACAGUCACACGUACCACGAUAUGAUAUUAUAUUAUUGUCGCCACACACCAUCGCGCGGGUAAUAGGAAUCGCGCACGCUUAUUGCGAACGUGUCACGUCUCCGGUGUCCUAUACUGCAGGACAUUUUUAGAAACGUCAUCAUUAUACGCUAUAGCAUGACAAUAUAAUGCUAAUAAUAAUAACACGUCCGAUGUGUAGGUACCUACGUACUUGGGUAGUAUUAUUUAUAUUAUUUAAUACACAUAUAGGUACGCGUGCACGUCGUUCGUAGAUUUUAACGAGCGUUAUUUGUUUUCUCGUAUAAUAUACGUCGUAUAGGUAUACGAUGACACGCGUGACCUGUGUACACACGCGACCCGUCGUCAUAAACGCGGGUCGUCGAAAAAACGGUUUUUUUCUCGUAUGUUUUUUACCCCUAAAAAAAUUGUACUCCCAUCGCGCGAGCUCCAUCGUAAUCGCGGCGGCAACGCGUUUUUCAUUUUUAUUUUUUUAUUAUUAUUAUUACUAUUUUUUUUUUUCAAAAAUUCAUUAGAUAUAGACCAUCUAUAUAUACAUAUAUAUAUAUUAUAUUAUCUUCCACCCGUGUGUCUGUAACGAUAUUUUAUUAUACGUGUUGUACAUAAAAAAUAUAAGAAGGGGACGACGCUUUUGUUAUUAUUAUUAUUAUUAUUAUUAUAAUGAUUUUUUUUCGUACAUUAUUAUUAUUAUUAUUAAUUAUUAAUAUUAUUAGAAUAAUAUGGUUUAUAGAGCCGCUACGAGCGCCUAUUAUGCACCUAAUUUAUAUAAAUAUAAAUAAUAUUAUACAUCAUUAUAUUAUAGUAAUAGUGCCGAGAUCGAAUUUUUUUUUACUACAAUGUUUAGACUGCUGCAACAAAUUAAAAAUUGCAUGUACUAUUUUAUACAUGGACAAAUGUAGAAAUCGAGCUUAUAUAAUACAAUAUACAUUAGUUAUAAUAUUACGAGAUAAUCAAAAUAUAAUACAAACAGUUAUUAUUAUAUUUUUUAUAACAUUAUAUUUAUAUGUGUUUAUGUACAUUGUGUAUCCACUUAUAUGUGUAAUACAUUAAUUAUAUAUACUAUACAAUAUAUAGAUAUAUAGAUACAUUAUAACGCUAGUUUUUUUUUUUUUGCUUUUGUGUGUAUUUAUUAUUAUUUUAUUUUUAUUUGUAUAAGAUUUACGAUGGCAACUAUUCUCUUAAUUAAUUAUAUAUUUUUACUAUUUGACUAAAAUACACAUAUGCAUAGAAUGCGAGCUUGUUAUACGUGUGUACUUAAAUAAUUCAUUUGUGCGACCGCUCGAUUUUUUUUAUUAUUAUUAUAAUUAUUAAUAUUACGUAUAUUAAUAUAAAAUGCCGCUAUGAAAUUAAUACAAUAAUUAUUAUGAUAUUAAUAUUUGUAGCCCCUCUCAGUGUCUGCAGUCUACUUUUAUUAUACUACACAAUACAUGAAAUAAAAUCAAAUUUAAAUAUAAUUAUAUUAUUAAAAAUA